AUGUUGGAGAUGAGCAGCAAACUGGGCGACCUCGCACCUCAUGCCCAGAUGGCAAUCUUUGUCACAUUGAAGGCAUCAUCAGAGAAGACUGACGGGUUUAUGCAACUUAUGAAUGGGUAUGAAAGUGAUGACACCUCAGAAACAGCAGCCCUGCUUGCUUUCAAACUGAGGAGCCCAAGAGAAGCGGAGGAGCUCCUGCCUCUACAGGAGAUGUCUGGUCGAAGGGAGCCACCCCAAAAUGAACCUCGUAGACGUAGGCGGGAUGGCACUACCCAUGGGUCUGGAACCAGAGAAGUAAGAAAUCAACAGUCUGGAAAUACUGAGGCUCAAGAAUCUGAGCAACCUGAGUCCUCAUCAGAGUAUGAAGAGGUGAUUGAGCUCAAGUAUGGUGCUGAGCAUGUGAUCAAGCUCUUUGUCCCCGUCUCACUUUGUAUGGUUGUUGUUGUUGCAACCAUCAGCUCCAUCACAUUCUACACCAAGAAGGGAACAUACCUUAUCUAUACUCCAUUCCAUGAGGAAUCCCCUGAUGCAGGCACAAAGGCAUGGCAGAGCCUUGCCAAUUCAUUCAUCAUGAUCAGUGUCAUUGCUGCCCUCACUGUUGUUCUUAUCAUUCUCUACAAGUUCCGCUGCUACAAGUUUAUCCAUGGGUGGUUGGUUCUGUCAUCCUUCCUUAUGCUUUUCCUCUUCUCUUACAUAUACAUGGCUGAGGUCCUCAAGGCAUAUGAGGUCAUCAUUGAUGUCUUCACUGUUUUCUUCAUCUUGUGGAACUUCGGUGUGAUGGGCAUGAUUGCUAUCCAUUGGGUUUCCCCCUUGAAGGUUCAGCAGGCCUAUCUCAUUUUCAUUUCAGCAUUAAUGGCACUCAUAUUCAUUAAGUUCCUGCCUGAAUGGACUGCCUGGGUUGUUCUUGCAUUCAUUGCACUCUGGGACCUCUUUGCUGUGCUUUUCCCUAAGGGACCACUACGGAUCUUGGUUGAAACAGCACAGGAACGCAAUGAACCCCUGUUUCCAGCUCUCAUCUAUUCUUCAGCUAUGGUCAGCUAUUCAUACCUUGGAGUGAAUUCAGAUGCAGAUAGUCCUACUAGAGCACAAGCUAACAAUGCACCCAACCAGAAUGAAGUCCCCGAGAGUCAAAACCCUAAACGUCCACCAAGGAAGCCACAGAGCCGAAGGCAACAUUCUGAUCAGAAUCAGGACGUUCCAGAUGCAGAAGCUGGCUUCAAUGCUGACUGGGAAGCAGGACAGGAGGAGCGAGUAGUUCAAAGAAAUCGACGGGUUGUGGAAAAUGAUGGAGCAGCCACUGUAGGUACACCUGCUCCAAGAGCAUCAAUGCCCACUGAGGACGAAGAUGACCAAGGCAUCAAACUUGGCCUGGGGGACUUCAUUUUCUAUAGCGUGUUGGUUGGGAAGGCAUCAUCAUAUGGAGACUGGAACACCACUAUUGCGUGCUUUGUUGCCAUUCUCAUUGGUCUCAGCCUCACGCUUCUGCUGCUGGCUAUCUUUCGAACUGCUCUCCCUGCUCUACCCAUCUCUAUCUUCUUUGGACUGAUCUUUUACUUCUCCACUUCCAUCAUUGUUGCUCCCUUCUGCCAGGAGCUGAUCAUGAAGCAAGUCUUUAUAUAGCACUUUCAGUCUGUCAGCCAUGUGUGCCAAGACUCAUCGGUCUGACAGACUUGAAAAUCAGAUGCAGUUCUGGACAUUGAAGUCGUGUUUAUAUGUAAUUUGAAGUUGCAAAAUGGCGUAUUUUUAUUAAUGGAAACUGAUUCUGAUGAUUGUACAUUCCUCAGAGGAACUCACAUUCUAGUCUUGAUUUUUUCUCCUCAGUUUUGAUUGUAUUUUUUUGGGAUAAAGUGUGAUUUUCAGUGGUA